AUGGUGGAUUUUGAGCAGACGGGCUGGGGAAGCUGGAUCGUCUACCCCAAGAAGUACAACGCCUACCGCUGUGAAGGGCUGUGCCCCUCACCCGUGGACGAGACCUUCAAGCCCACCAACCACGCCUACAUACAGAGUUUGCUGCAGCUCUACAAGCCCAACCAGGUGCCGUGUCCCGCCUGCUCCCCAGUCAAGAUGAGCCCCCUCUCCAUGCUCUACUACGAGAAGGGUGAAAUCGUUGUCCGCCACCACGAGGACAUGAUCAUCGAGGAGUGUGGCUGCAACUGAGACCGCCCUGCUCCCUGCCAGGAAGGUGCACAUCUGUGCCCAGAAGUGCCCCAGGGACCAGCCACCCAAGGCAGGAGCGCUGCACGGAGCAGGGUGUCUCUGGAGCCCGCGCUCCUGGGGGUGGCACAGCCCUGGCCGGAGCUGGGGAGGAUCGGCUGCCCGGCAGUUCUGCAGGAACUGUGCCUGGCUGGAUCCGGGCUCCACGUGGAAAAGGCCACCAGGCACCUCCCUGUGAGAGGAGCAGCUCUGGAGCUGUGGGUGCCUCGUGCUGUGUUUACCGAGGAGCUGGGUGGGACAGAGGCAGAGCUGAGGGGCAGGACUGGGGCACAGCAGCGUUGCUCCCUGCCAUGACACGGCUCAGGCAAUGCUGCUUCUCCCAGACACGGGAAUCACCAGGAGCCACAGAUCCUCAGGACCCUGCAGCUCCAGUGUCUGGCCAUGCUGAGCAUCCACGCCACUGGGAUUUUCCAUCUCCCCUAGGGUUUAGGCAUUUCUCCUAAGAAUUCUAUUAUAUGUCUAUUAAAGCUAUCAGAUUUCUAUUGCAACUCAGACAAGUUAAUGUAUUACCCAGCGUCCAGAGCCCCAGCUGGCAGAUCCAGGUGGGCAGCUGGUAUAAACAAGUAACCACAGCUCUACUCAAGCCUUUUCCCCUCGCUGGAUGGGGUGGUACGAAAAGGUCACAGCUGUACAAUUCAUCAAUAAAUUAUAUAUAUUAAAAGU